AGAAUUAUUUAUACCAGAAGGAAGCUACGUACGCAUUUAAAAAAGUAGCAGUAGCUUAUUUAGAUCUAUCGGUUAUAUGUAUUGUAGUUACUGGCGUUGAAGUUACACCAGAGCAAACUUACUAA